UGGGAGACAUCCGAUUUGGGCGCCAUCUUGUCAGAAAUCCUAACGCAAAUUUUGAUGAGUUGGAGAAAAAGUUGUCAAAAAUAGCACAAAUUCCCAACUUUUGAUUAUCCAUAACUCAUCUUACGUAUACCCAGAAGUCUCUCUGAUAAUUUAGAGGACGUUUAAUAAUCAAAGAUGCCAAAUAUCAAGUUACAGAGUUCAGAUGGUGAAAUAUUUGAGGUGGAUGUUGAGAUUGCAAAACAGUCUGUCACAAUAAAGACCAUGUUAGAAGAUCUUGGAAUGGACGAGGAUGAUGAUGAUGCCGUCCCUUUACCCAACGUCAAUGCUGCUAUCCUAAAAAAGGUUAUUCAGUGGGCCACCAGACACAAAGAUGACCCUCCUCCCCCUGAUGAUGAUGAGAACAAGGAGAAACGCACAGACGAUAUCGAGCCAUGGGACCAGGAGUUUCUCAAGGUUGACCAGGGGACAUUAUUUGAGUUAAUAUUGGCUGCAAACUAUCUGGAUAUAAAAGGUCUUCUUGAUGUUACCUGUAAAACAGUCGCAAAUAUGAUCAAAGGUAAAACUCCAGAAGAGAUCAGGAAAACAUUCAACAUCAAGAAUGACUUUACUCCUGAAGAGGAGGAGCAGGUUCGAAAAGAGAAUGAGUGGUGUGAGGAGAAGUGAGUAGCGAAUCAACUGCCUUGUAAAGAUAUUCCUGUAACAUUUUGUAUUUAGAUUGAAAGAAUUGCAUCAUGUGAAGCUUUAGCUGGUUUCCUUAUUAUAUGCUGAGUCAUUACUGUACGAGUCCUUGUUGUCCAUGAUGAGUGAGGGAUGAAGGUUGGAUGUAUUUAUACCCAGGAGCUUCAGAGUUUCGAGUGUAAAAUUUGCAUAACCUUCAACAGCAUGUCUCAUCAUUUGUGAUUAUUCCUUAUUUUUAAUGUACUAUUUGAUUGAAAGUAAACUUGCCUUUAUUAAAUAA